CCGGCCUGCCGGGGCCUGUGCGCCGAGCGAGGGCCGCGGGGCGAGCGGGGCCUGCCCAGCUGGGUGCGGGUCGGCGGCCGUGGCUCGGGUGGACUCUGCGGCGUGGAGGCCCACGCCGGCCUGCAGGAGGCCGCUCCUCCUCAGCGGGGACCCGGCCCUGCAUCCUCAGGGACGGCGGGUCUCGGGAAAGGCCAAAUGGGGCCAGCACUCUCCGAAAGCCGCUUCAAUUCCUGUUAUUUGUGACAGGGUCUUGUGUAGCCCAGGCUGGACUUAGAGGCGUGAGCCACAACGCCGAGCUUCAAUCAGAAUGUGAAAAUUCUCUUUUUAUGCUUGAAAUUGUGUGUUUAUUGUGUGCAUGCAUGCACACGUGUGGCACAGCGUAAGUGUAGAGGUCAGAGGACAACUUUCAAGAAGUCUGUUCUUCCACCAUGUGGGUUCCGGGAAUCCCUCAGGUUAGGCUUGCCGUUUUCCAGGUAUCGCUUCCCACCUCCGACCUGUGGCUAAGAACGUGAGGCAAGAUGAACAAACUUGCUGGUGGCAGUAUGGAGCAAUGAGGGUCCAUAUACACAGAGUUAAUUGACACCAGCAGUCCAAAGACAAGUGUUCCAUCUUUGGUCCUGCUAUGUCAUAAUGGACUUUAUCAGAGUUGGUUUCUUCAUUGCUUAAAAUGAGGUAUUUUUUGCCAUCUUGGAAAUUUGCCUGUAAUUCAUUUUCCUUGCUGCAGUACUGAUAAUUAUACCAAAUUGAAAAGAUAUGAAUGAAUAUCCUAAAAAAAGAAAAAGGAAGACUUUACACCCUUCUCGUUAUUCAGAUUCUUCUGGAAUAAGCAGGAUCACAGAUGGAGUCAGUGGAAUCUUUUCUGAUCAUUGUUACAGUGUCUGCUCUAUGAGACAACCUGACUUAAAAUACUUUGACAACAAAGAUGAUGAUUCUGAUCCUGAGACAUCAAAUGACUUGCCCAAAUUUACAGACGGAACUAAGGCCAGAAACAGGAAUCAGAACUACCUUGUUCCCAGCCCUGUGCUUAGAAUUCUAGACCACACUGUCUUUUCCACAGAAAAGUCUGCUGAUGUGGAAAUCUGUGAUGAAGAAUGUGAUUCGCCCGAGUCUGUGCCUCAGCACACUCAAGAGGAGAGCCCUAUAGAGGUUCACACCUCAGAAGAUGUCCCAAUUGCCGUAGAAGUUCAUGCCAUUUCUGAAGAUUAUGAUAUAGAGACAGAGAACAAUUCCUCCGAGAGCCUCCAAGACCAGACUGAUGAAGAACCACCAGCUAAACUCUGUAAAAUACUUGACAAGAGCCAAGCUUUGAAUGUGACUGCCCAACAGAAGUGGCCUUUACUGAGAGCCAACAGCAGUGGCCUCUACAAGUGUGAACUUUGUGAAUUCAACAGUAAGUACUUUUCUGACCUAAAGCAGCAUAUGAUCCUGAAACACAAGCGUACUGACUCGAAUGUGUGUCGAGUGUGUAAGGAAAGCUUUUCCACUAAUAUGCUUCUCAUUGAGCACGCCAAACUUCAUGAAGAAGACCCCUACAUCUGUAAGUACUGUGACUAUAAGACAGUGAUCUUUGAGAACCUCAGCCAGCACAUUGCGGACACCCACUUCAGUGACCACCUUUACUGGUGCGAGCAGUGUGACGUGCAGUUCUCCUCCAGCAGUGAGCUCUACCUGCACUUCCAGGAGCACAGCCGCGAUGAACAGUACCUGUGCCAGUUCUGUGAGCACGAGACAGGCGACCCUGAGGACCUGCACAGCCACGUGGUCAAUGAGCAUGCUCGAAGACUGAUAGAGCUAAGUGACAAGUGCAGCGGUGGUGGGCACGGGCAGUGCAGCCUUUUAAGCAAGAUCACCUUUGACAAAUGCAAGAACUUCUUCGUGUGUCAAGUAUGUGGAUUUCGUAGCAGACUUCACACAAACGUGAACAGACAUGUUGCUAUCGAGCAUACUAAAAUCUUCCCCCACGUUUGUGAUGACUGUGGGAAGGGCUUUUCCAGCAUGUUAGAAUAUUGCAAGCAUCUAAAUUCACAUUUAUCUGAAGGGAUUUAUUUAUGCCAAUAUUGUGAAUAUUCAACAGGACAAAUCGAAGAUCUUAAAAUUCAUCUUGAUUUCAAGCAUUCAGCUGACUUGCCUCAUAAAUGCAGUGACUGCCUGAUGAGGUUUGGGAAUGAAAGGGAAUUAAUCAGUCACCUUCCAAUCCAUGAGACUACCUGACUGUUAACUUUACAUAAUGUUUAUGUAAAAUAAUUUUUUUUAAUAUUAAAAUGGGUGAUCUGAAACAUAA